AGUAGGCAGUUAGAGAUAGGGAGUGCAGGGAGAGGACCAGGCUGGAGAUUAAAAAUAACAAUCUCUUGGUAAUGGAGCCGUGGGUGUGAUGAGAUCAGGAGAGGAGAGAUUAAAGUGAGGAGAGAGCAUCGGCUGGGUGCAGAGACGGGCGACACACAAGGACUGGGCAGGAGGAGAGGAGCCCCCAGAGAAUUGGGCAGCAAUCCGGACCAGACCAGUUUGGAAUACUGCACCCUCCCACAGAGAUCAAGUUCCAAGAUGGCAUCUUCCUUUUAUGGGGUUCUCUUCGUUGUUGGCCUCUGUGCUGCCAUCUGCUGUGUGCCCCCAUCCAACAGCCCCAGGGGGGGAUGCCCCCGCCCCUCCUCCACGAAGAGCACCCCCGCUUCCCAGGUGUCUUCCAACAACGCCAACUUCGCCUUCCGCCUGUACAGGAGGCUGCUUGCAGAGAGCCCAGGCCAAAAUGUCAUCUUCUCACCCGUGAGUAUCUCCACUUCCCUAGCCAUGCUGUCUCUGGGCGCCCGCUCAGCCACCAAGACCCAGGUCCUUGAGAGCCUGGGCUUCAACAUCACGGUCAUUUCGGAAGCAAGCAUCCACAGGGGCUUCCAGGACCUCCUCCUCUCUCUGCAAGUCUCCAGCAGCGACCUGGGCUUGCGGAUGGGGAGCACCCUGUUCAUCAGCCAGGACCUGCAGCUCCAGGCGCCCUUCUUGGCCGACCUCAGGAGGUUGUAUGAGACGACCGUGUUUCCCAUGGACUUCUCCGACUCUGUGGUGGCUCAGCAGAGGAUCAACAGCUAUGUGAAGAGGGAGACCCGGGGGAAGGUUGUGGACGUGGUUCACGACCUGGACCCUCUGACCACCAUGGUCCUGGUGAACCACAUUUUCUUCAAAGCCAAGUGGACACAGCCUUUUAACCCUGCAGACACGAACACAAGUUGCCCGUUCUUGGUGGGCGGCCAGACCCCUGUGCGCGUGCCCAUGAUGCAGCAGGUGGAGAUGUUUGGAUUUGGGGUGGAUCCGGAGCUGAACUGCUCCGUGCUGCAGAUGCGCUACAAGGGGGACGCCGUGGCCUUCUUCAUCCUCCCUGCGAAGGGCAGGAUGCGACAGCUGGAAGCGGCCUUGUCAGCCAGGAGGCUGAAGAAGUGGAGCCGCUCGCUCCCGAGCAGGUGGGUUCACGUGUUCGUCCCCAGAUUUUCCAUCUCUGCCUCCUAUGACCUGGAGACCAUCCUCCCGAAGCUGGGUAUCCACAAUGCCUUCAACAAAAAUGCCGACUUUUCUGGAAUUACAAAAAGACACUCCCUGCAGGUCUCCAAAGCCACCCACAAGGCUGUCCUUGAUGUCAGCGAGGAGGGCACCGAGGCUGUGGCGGCCACCAGCACCAAGCUCACGGUCCGCUCCAAGGAUGGCCCCUCCUAUGUCUUUCUCCUGGACAGACCCUUCCUGAUGGCCAUCAUAAGCAAGGCCACGGACGCGAUUCUCUUCCUGGGGAAAGUGGAGAACCCCACUCAGCCCUAGGUGGGCAGUGCCCUGCUGACGCUGGCUCGUCGCGGCUGCACCGGAAGUAGCCAGCGAUGCUGCCUGCUGCUGCCUUCUGUUCCGCGGGCCCACCUCACCCCAGGGCAGCUGGAUCCACUGGUGGGGACCCCACUUCCGAGGCUCAGCAGGGAGCUGUCAGCAGAAACCCUGGCCCUGAGGUGAAGCCUGGGAGCUCCAGUCAGGAUCCCGGCUUCGUGGCACAGUAAAUACACUCAUAGCUCCUGGAUUGCAGACUGACAGUAAUAAAUUCAAUAAACCUGA